AUGGAAGGUUUUGACAGCCCAAAACUCCGAAUCAGAAGAGAGCAUAGGGAAUUACAUCCAAUUAUGCAUCAAGAUUGGUCAAAGCUGCCUUUGCACCUGCUGGACUCAAUUUUAGAGAGAUUGGAGUUGCCAUCGAAUUACUUGCGAUUCAGUGUUGUUUGUAAGUCGUGGUACUGUGCCGCAAAGGAUGGUAAAAACCUACUAGCUAAGAUCAUGUCGAGCGGCCAUUAUUAUCCUCCGAUGCUCUUGUUCCAUACUAAUGAAAACAAUGCAUGGAACUUAUAUAGCGUCCCAGAGAACAAGGUUCUUGACAUCCAAUUGGAAAUACCAAACAUUUAUAAGCGGUUUUGUGGCUCCUCGAAAGGAUGGCUGAUAGCAAUGGAUGACAACUUCGGAGUAAACCUAAUAAAUCCGUUCCUUAGAAUGAAAGGGAGGAAACCAAAAGAAAAUUCAAUCAUUCACCUUCCUUCUUUGACUCCACCACCUACAGCUUCGAGACGAGCAUUUUGGCGUACAAAAUAUGAGCGGUUUGUCUACAAAGCCAUCAUUACAGCAGACCCGAUAAUUAAUCCAGAUGAUUGCAUUGUUGUUGUGAUAUAUGUGGAACGUUGUCGACUAGCUUUCAUAAGACUCAACAAAGACAUCUCAUGGACUUACAUGGCGGAAGAUUACAAAACAAUUGAAGAAGUUGCUUAUGUUGAUCGGAAAUUUUAUGCUGUGGAUAAUCGGAGCAAAGUUUUGUGCUUUGAUAUUGUUAGUCAGUUCAACUCCAAAUAUAGAAAGGAUUUCACAUGGCGUUGGACGGCACCAAAAGUGGUUCACCAAGAUAUAUCUGAUGGAUUCAAAUAA